AUGGCAUGGAGAAACAACACUAUGGUGACCGAAUUUGUUCUGAUGGGCCUCUCUUCAUCUUGGGAAAUGCAGCUGUUCUUGUUUAUCUUCCUCCUCCUCCUUUAUGCAGUAACUCUCUUCAGCAACAUCCUCAUCAUCCUGGCAACUUCCAAGAACCACCAUCUUUCCAACUCACCCAUGUUCUUCCUGUUGAGCCAUCUGGCUUUCCUAGAUAUCUGCUUGGCCUCCUUUGCGACACCCAGGGCUCUGCUUGGUUUCCUUACCCAGCAUCAAGCUAUCUCCUUCCAGAAUUGCAUGACACAAAUCUUCUUCCUUCACCUCUUUGGAGGCAGUGAGAUGCUUUUGCUAAUAGUUAUGGCCUAUGACCGAUACGUGGCCAUCUGCCACCCUCUCCACUAUGCUUCAGCCCUGAGCCGGCGCCACUGCAUGGGCUUUGUGCUAGCCUCUUGGACGGGUGGGCUCCUCCACACCAGUGUGCAGUUGGGCUUCACUCUAAGUGUUCCAUUCUGUGGGCCCAAUCAGAUAGACAGCUUCUUCUGUGAUAUCCCCUUGGUCAUCAAGUUAGCCUGUGUGGACCCUUAUCCUUUAGAGGUCAUGAUGGUGACCAACAGUGGCAUUUUAUCCUUGGUAUGCUUCGUGGCAUUGCUUGUCUCCUAUGGACUCAUACUAUCCACAUUUCGUUCCAGGCAACACUCCGAGAGUUCCUCCAAGGCUUUGUCCACGUGUACUUCGCACCUCAUGGUGCUCAUCCUGUACUUUGGACCUUGCAUAUUCAUUUACCUGCGCCCUCAUGCCCGCUUCAUGUUUGACAAAGUGGUCUCUGUCUUCUAUACCGCAGUUACCCCCUUUCUCAACCCUGCUAUCUAUGCGCUGAAGAAUAAGGAGAUGAGGGCUGCAAUGGGGAAGAUGGUGGGAAGACGUUCGGGACAGGUCUCUGCACAAGCUCUCGUUCAACCAGCAGGAAGACUUUCCUGGUGGAGGCACAAAAAGAACUGGUGUCCACGCAAGCCAGUCUUGAACACAGUGUCAGUGUUACAAAUUGUAUAA